AUGUGGGGUGAAAGUCAGUUCGCGGAUGUGCAAGUGAACGAUCGACCAGUGCAGUCGCUCUCUUAUGAUUCGCAUGGAUAUAUCUAUGUAUCAAAUUUGAUCAACGGCUGGAACAGGGUGAAAAUUCGGUUCCAUCCAUUCGUGAAGAAAAGGAAACUGUUACUUAUGGCACAACUACACAAGCCAGCACUGCACGUAGCACCACCAGCACUGGAACUGGCGCCAGAAAGUGGCACCGAUUGGAGACAUGACUGA